CUGCCCGCGCAGGUUCGAAUCCUGCCGUCCACGUUUUUUUUUUCUCCGUUCUCCUUCGCUUUACUUGCCAUCAUUUCCAUUCCAGGCUAACUGUGCUAGUUAUGGUUUUGAUUUUCAUUUUUCCACAAUGAAAAACAACAACUUCCAUGGUUCAAAUAAGGUACAACCAAUCAUUAUCCUACUUGAUAUUCACACUAAAACAUCAAUGCAAAACCAUUUCACAAAUUCAACAAGUUCAUGUUCAAGCCAUUACCAAUGGCCACCUCCUCUCUUUCAAUAAUUCCACACUUACCCUCACUCAAAUCCUUCAUUCUUUCACUUCCCUUCUUUCUUCUUCUCUUCCUUUACAACCCACCAUUCAAAAUCGCACUCAUUAUAUCACCUCCAUUUUCAACCUCAUUAAUAACCCAUCAACUUUCUGUUACAACACUAUUAUUAGAGCCCAUACACUUCUUUUUUCCCCAAAUAAUUCUUUUUUAUACUUCAUCAAAAUGCGAAGAAUUUCAGUUCCACCUGAUUCACAUACUUUUCCUUUUGUUCUCAAAGCUUGUGCUUUAAUGAAUUCUUUAAUCUUGGGUAGGACCAUUCAUUGUCAAGCAUUGAAGUUUGGGUUUUUAGUUGAUGUGUUUGUGUGUAACAAUCUUGUUCAUGUGUAUACUGUUAGUGGCGGCAUUACUGAUGCACAUAAGGUGUUUGAUGAAAGUUGUUAUAGAGAUGUUGUUUCUUAUAAUUUGAUUAUUGAUGGGUAUGUUAAAGGUGGUGAGAUUGGGAAAGCAAGGGAAGUGUUUGAUGAAAUGCCUGUGAGAGAUAAAGUUUCUUGGGGCACUCUUUUGGCUGGAUAUGCAAAAAUGAACCAGUGUAAAGAGGCGCUUGAGCUAUUUGAUCGAAUGAUGUCGUUAAAUGUGAAGUUUGAUAACGUUGCGUUGGUUUCUGCUCUCUCAGCUUGUGCACAACUCGGGGAACUAGAAAAGGGGAAGACGAUACAUGAUUAUAUUAAAAGGAAGGGGAUUGCGAUAGAUUCGUACUUGUGUACUGGCUUGGUUGAUCUGUAUGCUAAAUGUGGUUGCAUUGAGGUUGCUAGGGAGAUAUUCGAGACAAACUUGGAAAAGAAGGUGUUUACUUGGAAUGCUAUGUUAGUUGGAUUAGCAAUGCAUGGUCAUGGAAAACUAUUAUUUGAUUACUUUGAAAAAAUGGUGGAGACUGGUGUUAAGCCUGAUGGGGUGACUUUCUUGGCGUUGUUGGUGGGAUGUAACCAUGCUGGUCUUGUUCAUGAAGCUAGGAGGUUAUUCGGAGAAAUGGAAGGGGUUUAUGGUGUUUGUCGAGAACUAAAACAUUAUGGAUGCAUGGCGGAUUUGCUGGCACGUGCAGGGUUGAUUAAAGAAGCUACGGAGAUGAUAGAAGCGAUGCCAAUGGCUGGUGACGUGUUUGUCUGGGGCGGUUUGCUUGGUGGGUGUAGGAUGCAUGGGCACGUUGAGCUAGCAGUGAAAGCUGCUGAAAAUGUGAUGGAGGUGAAACCUGAAGAUGGUGGGGUUUAUUCAAUCUUGGCGAAUGUAUUUGCAGAUGCUGGCCGUUGGGACGACUUGGUUAAUAUAAGGAGAAGAAGAGACUGUGCGAAGAUCAAGAAGAAUGCUGGUUGUAGUUUGAUUCAAUUGAAUGGAGUGACACAUGAGUUUAUUUCAUGGGAUGACUUGCACCCUCAAAGCGACGAGAUAUAUUCUAUUUGAAAUUGUCUGCAA